AUGAUGAAGAUGGGAGGAAACAACCAAGUUUGUGCACAAAACGAGGGCGACGGGGAAGGCAGUGCAAUCUUGAAAAAAGGGCCGUGGACGGCGACGGAGGAUGUGAUUUUGGCCGAGUACGUGAGGACUCACGGUGAAGGGAACUGGAAUGCGGUGCAAACGAACACAGGGUUGGCACGUUGUGGGAAGAGUUGUAGGCUACGAUGGGCUAACCAUUUAAGGCCGAACUUGAAAAAAGGAGCUUUUUCUCCUGAAGAAGAAAGGUUAAUUAUUGAGUUGCAUGCUAAAAUGGGUAACAAGUGGGCUCGCAUGGCUACUCAGCUUCCAGGAAGAACAGACAAUGAAAUCAAGAACUAUUGGAACACAAGGAUUAAGAGAAGGCAACGCCAAGGCCUUCCACUCUACCCUCCUGAUAUCCAACCCUUACAUUCCCAAUACCAACGAAAUCAGCAUCGUUCGCUGCCGGUGACGCCAAUUACGUCCCCGACAGGCACGUCAACGACGAUGACCUCUUCGUUCUCCUUCCAACUCCCAAUGCCAUCGUCAUUACCGAAUCUCCAAGGUUCUAUGCCAAUGCAAUUGCACCCUCUCCAUAUCCCACGAUCCGAGUCGUCUCACAUGCUCUAUAAUCCACAUUCGACACCGCCGCCCCUCCAGAGUCCAGGCAGAGGCUCGACACCUUCACCUUCGACACAUGUGUCCCCAUUGCAAUCUCCCCAUAAGCCUUUGUUUUCAACUCUCCCUGUCUUUGAUUCAUCAACAUCAAACACUUGUAGCAUCAAUGCUAACUAUGGUAACAGUGAUAACAACAAUCAUACUAUAUCUUCCGAUUUCUUCUUCCCUAGAGCAACCCCUCUCCUCGAGAUAUCGAUGCUAUACAAGCGGUUCAAACACGAUGUAAGCGAAAGUUGCGGCAGUGGCAGUACCGGUUCGAGCUUUAUGUUACCAUAUCCUCCUUUGCAGAAGAAUUCAUUUUUCAAUCCCCAUAAUGUUGCAGCAACGGUUGAUACUAGUACUCCAUUGACAUCUCCACACUACUCUUCCCCUUCAUACUCAUUGGAUCCGAUCACACUCGAUCUUACUUCCUCUUCAAGGAUCCUUGACGAUCAACACCGUGCCAAUACUGGACAGUUCAUAUUGACCCCGGGAUUCGUUUAUCCGUCAAAAACAAAUAACGAGCUCCCUUCAAACCAAUUUUUCUUCCUAGACGGGAAUUCAGAUGUUACAUUUGAUACCAACGGGAAUAGUAGCUACAUCAAUAAUGAUCAGACUUUGAGUAUCCCUUUUAAUGAAGGUGGCUUGCUGGAUGAUAUGCUGGAGGAGGCUCGGGUUUUGGCCUCCGGCGACGACGAUAUCAUGCGGAGGCAGAGCUGUGUGGCCGGAUUCAGUACCAGCUCCGAUGCUUUAGCUUCAGCAAAAGAAGAAACAGUAACAGAUCAAGAGAUCAUCGCUAUACAAGAAGACUACUCCGGGCUACUGGAUAUUCCUUCGUCGAUGGCGAUGCCCGAUUGGUUCGACGAUUGUGAGAGGUCUCCUACAGUCCUUUGA